CAACGUCAACAUGACAUGACAUGACAACUUUUGUUCGCCGCGAUUGUUUCUGAUUUUUCUCAGCAUUUUGAAAAUAAAAUACGUUUUCCAAUGGCUGUUCCUGAUUAUAAAUUAAGUGCUGUUUUAUGCGGGCACUCCCUGGACGUGCGAUGUGUGGCUACGACAAAAGAAUUUUGUAUAUUAUCUGCCUCACGCGACAGGACCGCAAAGCUUUGGCAUCCGGAAGGAGUUAAAGACUUUGUGAACGUAGUGACGUAUAAAGGGCACAGGAAUUUUGUAUCGUGUGUGUGCUGGUUGCCUCCUUGUGAAGCGUAUCCCGACGGUUUGGUUGUGACGGGGAGCAAUGACAAUACAAUACUAGGGUAUAACCUGCAGGACGGCGUGAUCCAGGUGACACUGGAAGGUCACGAAAACGCUGUGUGUAGUGUAACACCUGGGAGAGAUUCUGGAAUUUUGCUAAGUUCAAGUUGGGACAGUACAGCGAAAGUAUGGAACAUAAAUGCAAGUCGUUUGCCUCCACUCUCCCUCAAAGGUCACCAGGCGGCCGUGUGGGCAGCCGUGGAACUGUUCAACGAUACAUACGCUACAGCAUCUGCUGACAAAACCAUUAAGCUGUGGAAGAAAGAUGGAACUAUCAUUAGCACUUUGACUGGCCACACAGAUUGUGUCAGAGAUCUGGCAGUAGCCAACCCUGAAACUUUCCUCAGCUGUUCAAAUGAUGCAUCCAUCAAACACUGGACUAACAAGGGGCAGUGCCUUAACACAUUCUAUGGACAUUCUAACUAUAUCUACAGUAUCAGCAUGAACCCAGUGGUGCAGCAAGGUUUCGCGACGUGUGGCGAGGACGGCGCGGUGCGGCUGUGGGCCGGCGGGGACUGCGUCAGGGACAUCAGGCUGCCGGUGCAAUCCGUCUGGAGCAUCACGUGUCUCGACAACGGAGAUAUUGUUACUGGUUCCAGUGAUGGUGUAGUACGAGUAUUCACAAAGGACCCGGCGAGGUACGCGGACGAAGCCACACUCAAGCAGUUCGAGGAAGACGUCGCCAAGAUGCAGGCAGCCACUCAACAGGAGAUUGGAGGAUUCAAAUUAUCUGAAUUACCAGGUCCAGAGGUCCUCCUAGAGCCAGGCAAAUCAGAUGGACAGACGAAACUAGUCCGUCGCGGCACCAACGUCAAGUGUUACUCGUGGAGCGCUGCGGAGAGUACGUGGAACGAGAUCGGUGACGUCAUGGGGACACCGCCUUCUAGCGAGGGGAAAACUAUGUACCAGGGGAAGGAGUACGACUUUGUAUUCAGCGUGGACAUCAAGGACGGUGCGCCUCCAAUAAAACUUCCAUUCAACAAGACUGAAGACCCUUGGGUUGCCGCUCAAGCCUUUAUACACAAAAACAAUUUACCUCAAGUAUAUUUGGAGCAGGUCGCGAACUUUAUUAUCACUAACGCUAAAUUGGAUUCACAACCUGUAUCAAGUAAUGGUUUCGCGGAUCCGUUUACAGGCGAGUCUCGUUACGUGCCGGGCUCUGGUUCAGUCCCGGGCCUGCCGCCGCCCUCCCACGCCGACCCAUUCACGGGGGCCGGCGCCUACACUACGGCCAGUACCACUACAUCGAGGGAGAAAAUGCUGAUACCUCACGAUGCUUAUAUUAGGUUCGAUCAAGCCAACUUGAAAGCGAUACACGACAAGCUGAAGGAGUUCAACAGUAAAGUAGGAGACGGACUGAGCGCACUCACUGACGAACAACUGGAAAGUGUCGUCAAAUUGUGUGAGCCGAAUAAUGUGUACAACAAUGAAACUAUAUUGAUACUAAAGAAAAUGCUGGAAUGGCCCAAAGAAAUACUAUUUCCAGUAUUGGACGUAACUAGGUUAGCAGUAAGGAAUAAAGAAAUAAACGGCCAGAUAUUCGACACGGCUUACGGCGCAACGUUCAUCAAAUAUCUACUGUCACUCUUAGGACCAGAAAACCUCCCAGCCAACCAGAUGUUAGCGAUGCGAGUGUUAGUGAACGCAUUCAGUGACCUCCCCGGAGAGAUGCUGGUCCUGGCCGCCAGGGAGAGUGUCGUGCACUCCCUCAUAUGUCUCUCACAACUCAAUAAUAAUGCUCAGAUUGCAGCCACAUCGUUGCUAUUGAACCUGUCAGUAGCGCUGGCGCAACAACCCGACAGUGUGGACCUCGCCGACUGCUUGGUACAACUACUGCCCAAGAUUACGGACAAUGAAGCUUAUUUCAGAGGUUUAGUAGCACUCGGCACUCUUCUAGCGGAAUCUCCAAACAAGCUACAAAUUCAGGCAAGAGUAGUAUCCAGCACCCAAGUACAUAACAGGCUGAAAAAGGAUAGUGGCAACACUAUGGACCAGAAUUACGCGAAAAUAGCAACACUGUCGCAACAAGUACUCAGUCUCUUAUGAACAAAACUUACACAAGUACUUUAUAAGGCUGUUAUUUAUAUUAUUAGAUAUAAAAGAUCAUUUUUGUAUGUUCAUAUUGACAUUUGUGCUCCGGAUUUGAAUAGCUGAUCUUAGCUUUAUGUUGGCGUUUUUUUUAUCUAUGUUUCUUCAGAUAUGUCCAAUGGGGGCUACUGUAUUUUUGCUUACCAAAUGUCACUAGUGUAAACUUCUAGUUCUUCGACCAAUACGGAAUUAACUAGUGUCACAUGUUUGUACGUUCUAUAUUUGAUAGCUACUGUGAUUGGACGACAAAUCCUUUUGCUCCAUUUGCGCCAAUUGGUAAGCAGCACAAAACGGUAGGCCCCGUUGGAAGUGGUGAGUUUGUCACAAAUAAGCAAUAAUUAGCAAUUGCAUCGAUAUUGCCUUCAAUUAGGAUUACAUGGCUAUAUUAUUCUACAAAAAUAAUUAGCUUUUAUCCCUAAUUUAUCCUAUGGGUGCGAGGACAAAAUUAUAGAUAAAUAUUAGAAUAAUUUGAAACUCCAUUGUUGUGUAUAACUAUGGUCCUUGUUUUAAAUCGUACAAUAUAAAAUAUAUGGAUUAUGAACUGUUGACACUGUGCCCAGUUAAGUCUAUUUUUUAUGACAUAAUAUAUUAACUAAAUAGUUGAAUAAAACACAGUAAUAGAUGAAAUGUAUUGUAUUUGAUAAUGUACAUUCACUUGCUACCCGCCAUCAAUGGAAGCGUGGUUUGAUACCAGACAUUGCAGCAAUAAUAAUAAAUUGUAUAAAAUAUUAAAAUAAAACUCUUUUAUUUCAUAACCUAUACUUUACACAUACCUAAUAUUUUACUAGAUAUUUAUCCAUUUCUGAUGAAGACUAAACAUUGUUUAGAAGAAUAGAAUUAGGUAGCCUCCUUAGUUAAAAACAAGUCUUUUCUUCGACUUUUUAUGCAAUAAAAUAUUUGCAAAUAAUCUCAGUUUCACUAAUUGAUUUCAAAACAUAAUUACAUCUGUAUUUUUCUUAUUUAUUUCAAUGAGUACACUCUGUCGCAAAGAAUAUGACGUCAUAACUUUGACAUUUUGAAUUAAAUAUUGACUUCUUAGAAAGUACAUAGGGCCUUCCAUUCUUCCAAACACGUUUUACAAUUACAUACCUAAUUAUUAUGUAACAGUUAAAUUAGAACAACAGUUAAAAGUUACGUUAUUUAUAUCAACAUAGCAAUCACAUUAUGUUACAGAUAAUUAUAGGCAAAAUGCCAGAGUAAAUAAAAAAAGGUGGAUAAAAAAUAGUUACAUAAUAUUUUACAUAAGAAAUCGCCAUCACGACGACCAGUCUUAAGGCUGGAGCACACCAGACACGUAUGCAUAGACGUGGACGUACCACUGACUUGUAACACAGUCGACUAUGGUUAAUUUUAACUCGAGGGACUUAAAAUAUUUCGAAUUAUCGAGUUUUGAGAAUUGACUGCA